AUGUCCUCGCUCCAUCCUUCCCAGUUCCCUCCACACUACGCGAGCCCCCACGGCCACUCCGUCCGUGACACGCGGCAGGGUCCGGACUCCGGACGCCCACCCCUGGGGGCUGGAUCGUCCGGGAUCCCGUGGGCGCCGGGACGCGGACCGGAGAAAAGCGAAGCGAGGACGAGGACGAGGACGAGAGGCCGGCGCCGCGGGGCAGUCGUCGUGGACGGACGCCUGCAUCUGCACCUGCUCCUGCACGGGAUGAGGACGCCGCACCGUGGCGACAUCGGCGAGCCCGCCGCGGGGAAAAGGAUUCCUCCGAGAGGACAAAUAAUUGAGGCCUCACGCGGGGCCCGCCACCGUCCCCGUCGCUCCUCCUCCUACCCACGGCCUCCAUUUCUGUAUACCCGUUCUGCCCCUGCCCAGCACCACGACCUUCUCAGUCAGCUGCUCUGCCUGAGCGAAAUUUUUUUUCCCCAGGCACGCAGAGGGGGGCACCGUCGUACGACGACGACAGAGGAUCCCGAGUCCAUUUUGACGCGGCAGCGCCCCACACGCCCAGGCCAGGUCAGGCCAGGCCGUACGGUUAAAAAAAAAGCAGGGCAAAGCAGCAAGGCAGGCGCGCACGCAUCGCCACGGCACCGCUGGGGGUGGGUGUCAGGCCAGCCAGAGUGCCAGAGCCAGGGGAGCUGCACUGCACGGUGCACGCCGCGGGGGGCAGCGGUACGAGCACGAGUGGUGGUGGUGGGCUCGUACCACGGGUACGCGUGCCCGGUGCCGAUCGCUCUCGCUCGCAGUCGUCUCGCUCCGGCCGCCCCCACCACCCGCCCCCCCGUACGGCCGGCCUCCCCGUCCGUCGUCCCCCGCCGUGGGGUGGGGCCGGCGGCACCACCACCCACCGCGCCCUCCGAUUUGCUCCUCCUCCCCGUCCCACCCUCGCGCCCGGUGGCUAAUUACGCGCACCUGCCAUCCGUCCGUUCGCCCGUCCACGCGCGCGGCGCACGCCACCCGCCCGGCCGCCCCCCUCUUGCCGCGCCAGGACGCUACCCACGCGGGAGGUCCUCUUCCUCGCCCCGCUUUGCGCUGGCCGUCUCUCCGCUCGAUUCCCCGCGGCUUCUUCCCCCUCCCCUCACCCUCACACGCACGACUUCCUUCCUUCCUUCCUUCCAGCGCCGCACCACGCCAUCAGGCGGCGCGGGCAGCCCAUUCCUCUUCCUCCUCCACUUCACCCCUAACCUCCGGGCUCGAUUCCAGAACUACUCAAGCUGGGCGGGCAGGGAAGGGAUAUUUUCUGCUCUCGACCUAUUUUUGGAGGAGUAA